AUGUCAAUCAACUACAAACAAGUCACAUAUACCAGUGGUAAUCCAUUAGAACUAAAAAACAAAACAUUCAACAUCAAAAAUUUGAAAUCAGAUGAGAUUUUAGUUAGAGUCAGUCAUGCUGCUUUGAAUCCAAUCGAUUUAUUACUUUAUCAUUCAUCAUCAUAUUUCUUCUAUAAGCGUGGCUAUAAAGGUAUUGGCCGUGAUUUUUCAGGUACUGUUGAAGAAGUUGGUUCCAAAAUCACUGAUUAUGUUAAAGGUGAUGAAAUUUCCGGUCUUUUCGAACCAAUUUAUACAAGUCAAGGUACUGUUACACAAUAUUUAAUUAUGAAACCAUCAGAAUCUUCAAUUGGUAAAAUACCAAAAAAUUUGUCAUUAGCUGAAUCUGCUUCAUUUCCUUUGGUAUUAUCAACUGCUUACAAUACAAUAAGAUCUUUCCAUAAACCAAAAGAGCGAUCAAGAGUUUUAGUUAUUGGAGGUGCUACAUCAGUUGGUAAUUAUGUAAUUCAAUUGCUAAAAAACUACUCAAAAGCUAAAAGUAUUGUUAGUAUAAAUUCUGGCUCAACUGCCAAACAUGUUAAAAAUCUUGGUGCUGAUAUUAUUGUUGAUUAUCGUACAGAAGAUGUUGCAAAAUCAGUUAAAUCAAUUGUUGAAAAUGAUUUCCAAGGUGAAAAGUUUGAUUUAAUUAUUGAUUGUGUUGGUAGUGGUGAUUUAUUCCCUAUUAUUGACGAUGUAUUGAAACCAAAAAGUACAGAAUCUGGGUUUGUUACGAUUGUUGGUGAUCAAAUUGCAGAUUAUAAUCAAUCAUUAUUUAGUUUUUUCAGAUGGGGGUUGAUUAAAAAGAUGAUUCCAUUUUUAAGAAACUAUAACUAUGGAUUUGUAUCAACUUCACAGGAUUAUUAUCCUUUAGCUAGGGAAUUAUUUGAAAAGGGUCAAUUGAAAACCUAUAUUGAUUCUGUUUAUGAAUUGGAUGAUUAUAAAGAAGCUUUUGAAAAACUUUCAACUCAUAAAGCUAAAGGUAAGAUUUUAGUGAAGUCAAGCUAG